AGACCAUUUUUGUCAACAUUCCGAAUUCAGUCUCAAAAUGAAAUUCAAUUUUAAGGAAUUUUAAUUAAUUAAUAAAAUAAAAUAAGAUUUCUAGUCGUUAGAUUAAGUAGUAACAAAAUAUCAAAAUGCAGCGGAAUAUCAGGAGACUCAAAUAUCGUGCGGGCAACAGUAUUUCUCGUUCACUUGCCUUUCGGUAUUUGUACAUCAAAACUUGCUUGAUGUCACUUUUUUACAAUCACCACAUGAAUCAAAAUUAUAUCGGAGAUGUCCUGCUGGAGCCAAUGAUAUGGAUUGUCGAUAACUACAGUGGAUUACUUGGACCUUUCUUUGUAAUUGCUGUCUUUUGUCUCACUUCGGCCAUCGUUUUUAUUUGUUGGUACAUCGGAUUUCCUUAUUGGAUUCAAAUUAGUCCAUUAAUGACGGGAUUUUUAGUCAUACUAGGAAAUUAUUUGCUCAUGAAUAUAUCAUUCCACUACUUUAUGGCGGCCUUCACAAAGCCGGGACGUCCGCCGAACAAGUUGAUCUCAAACGCUGUGAGCAUUUGCAAGAAAUGCAUGUCGCCGAAGCCCCCGAGAACACAUCAUUGUUCCGUUUGCAAUGCUUGCAUCUUAAAAUUCGACCAUCACUGCCCUUGGCUCUCGAAUUGCGUGGGUUUCCAUAAUCACCGGUAUUUCUUCCUCUACAUGGCUUGGACUUGCAUUGGCAUCAUUUACAUGUGCAUCUUCGGUGUUGGUCUCGCCUAUGACAUCUUGUGGAAAUAUGCGGGCGAGGAGGCCUGGACACCAGACGAAGAUCCCGUGGGUCAUCCAGUGCGAUUUAAUCUGAGCGGGCAUGUAAUUGCCGUCCCCGAAAUGAAUGACUACGAGCUGGAUGGUAUUGAGCCGCGCAAACACGAUAUCCCGGAGUCGACAAAGCCAAUGUAUACCGCAACGGAGGUCAGAAUGCUGAUUUUCACCGCGAUAACGAGUAUUUCGGUGCUAAUUGCUUUGGGAACACUCACAAUUUGGCAUGCUAAACAAAUUUCCAGAGGUGAGACAAGUGUCGAAGCGCACAUAAAUAGGUCGGAGAUGGAGCGUCACAAGAAAAUUGGAAAAAUUUACGUGAAUCCGUACGAUUUUGGAGUGAAGGAGAAUUGGAAGAGAUUUUUGGGGUUGAGAAAUGGAAGGACCUUUGUGAAAAAUGUCUUGUUUCCGUCGUGGCAUCCGCCCGAUGGAGAUGGCCUUUUCUUUGAAACCAUUUAUUCCAAUCCAGGACCUUUGAUUCUCGAUAAUAUUUAGGAUUUGAGUGAUAAAUAAAAAUAAAAUAAUUGCAUUUA